GCUAGAAACCCAGUCGAGCAGAAUAAAGUACAGAGGAAGAGAGAGAGCUAAAGAGAAAGAAACCCAGAAAGGAUAGGAAUCGACACCGCAGCUUCCAUCUCCAACCUCGUUUUCGUGCACGAGUGUAUAAGUUGUUAACUCUAGCUCUUUCCCCUGCUUAAAAUUUGGGUAACAGAGCAGAACAGAGGAGCAAGAAGCAGGAUUUGAUAAUGACUAUAGCUUCCAUUCUCUGCUUCUAUUUCUUCUUUCUCUUCUUUAUUGUUCUCAGUUACUCCCAGACACAAGCAGCUCCAGCAGGAGGCCGAUGGGAAUUACUACAGAGAAGCAUUGGGUUAUCAGCGAUGCACAUGCAAUUGCUCAACAAUGACCGUGUCGUCAUCUACGAUCGCACCGACUUCGGCCUUUCCAAUCUCUCCUUGCCCAUCGGCAAAUGCCGAGAAGAUCCAGCUGACACAUUCCUCAAACACGACUGUACCGCACACUCUGCCGAGUACGAUGUCCGUACUAAUUCUAUACGGCCACUUAUGGUCAAAACUGAUGUCUGGUGCUCCUCCGGCGCCGUCUUACCCGACGGCCGCCUCCUCCAGACGGGUGGUUUCAACGACGGAGAACGCGCAAUCAGAACUUUCUGGCCGUGUAGCGACUGUGACUGGGAGGAGAUCCCACUUGGACUUAUCGUCAGACGGUGGUACGCCACCAAUCAUGUGUUACCGGACGGACGUGUCAUCGUCAUUGGUGGUCGCCGGCAAUUCAAUUACGAGUUCUACCCUAAAUCAAAAUCCACUAACAGGGUCUUCCCUUUGCCUUUUCUAGCUCAGACGAACGACCCACAUGAAGAGAACAAUCUCUACCCUUUCGUUCACCUCAACGUAGACGGAAACUUAUUCAUCUUCUCCAACAAUCGAGCAAUCUUGCUCGACUACACUAAGAAUUUAGUGGUGAAAAAUUUUCCGGCGAUACCUGACGGCGGCCACCCUCGAUGCUACCCCAGCACGGGUUCCUCUGUUUUGCUUCCAUUGACCAAUUUACAGAAACCCGAAGCUGAAGUCCUUAUCUGCGGUGGAGCUCCGCGAGGAUCAUAUCGUGACGUUAACACAUCAAGGAUCUUCAUCGAAGCCUUGUCGACAUGCGGUAGGAUCCGAAUUACUGACCCGAAUCCAACUUGGUUUAUGGAAACAAUGCCACUUCCGAGAGUGAUGGGAGACAUGACCUUACUCCCCACCGGCGAUGUCUUAAUCAUCAAUGGAGCAGCAAGAGGGUCUGCCGGGUGGGAGAAUGGUAAGGACCCUGUUUUGAACCCGGUUCUCUACCGACCCGGUAACCUACCUGGGUCUCGGUUUGAGAAACAAAACCCAAGUUCCAUUCCACGUCUAUACCAUUCCAGUGCUAUCCUACUCCGUGAUGGUAGAGUCUUGGUCGGAGGAAGCAAUCCCCACAUGUUCUAUAACUUCACCGGCGUUUCUUUCCCGACGGACUUAAGCUUAGAGGCAUUCUCACCGGCGUAUUUAGCACCGGAAUAUUCGAAAUUCAGGCCAAGGAUUAUAUCUCCGGUGUCACAAACGAAGAUAAGUUAUGGGCAGAAACUGGUAGUACGGUUCUCAGUUUCAGGUCCUGUGAAUCUGAAGUGGGUAUCAGUGACAAUGGUGGCUCCAUCAUUCACGACUCACUCAUUCUCCAUGAAUCAGAGACUAUUGGUGCUGAGUGGCAGAAAUGUGACGCCGCUGCCGCUGCCGCCACCGAUACCGCCGGCAGCGGAAUUGGUAUAUGAUGUUGCAGUCACAAUUCCAAAUUCAACUUUCCUGGCACCUUCUGGGUAUUAUCUUCUAUUCGUGGUUCAUCGAGAGAUACCCAGUGAGGGGAUUUGGGUUCAAAUUCUAUGGAAAUAGUAGUCUAGUUUUAAUUAAUUUGAUUUGGGUUAUUAUGUUUAUAAUAUUAAUUAGUAGCCAGGUAUGUUCUUUUAUGAGAAGAAGAUGUAAAAGCUUGUCAUCAUAUGGUAGUGAAUGGGAAGAUCACGGACAAGAAUAAUGAAAUAGACACACUAAGAUUCAACGUUCA